AUGGGUCUGGAAGAGGACCAGGGACUAGAUGUGUGGGACAUGUCUUAUCUGCUUGGUGGUCACGUGCCGGACCAUUUCCAGUUUAACCCGGCUGUGCGUAUCACACGCGAAUCUGCUGGUUUUGUGAAGGACCCUGGUUUGGCUGACGUCAUCCACUGCGUAGCACUUGUCAUAGAUGGCAGCACAUACAAGGUCAUGUCUUCCAAGGUCAAGGAAAAUUUGCUGGGUGUACAAACCCUGGCACGUGAUAGAGAUAUCCCGGUCCACGUGGUCUUGACCAAGGUGGACAAGGUAUGUGAGGACGAAGCUGAUGACCCCUCUUUGAUAUUUCGCAGUCGUGCCAUUGAAAAGAAAGUGAAAGAAAUCAGUGACGCAUUCGGCAUACAGAGUAUACUGGAUUAUAAUCACGUCCAGCUCUCAGACAGAUGA